GGGAGUUGCAGAGAUAUACUUACACAUGAAGUUUUCAAAAAGUUGGGAUUCUCAGUACAACUUAUGAGACCCUGCGAAUUCCCGUUAGUAGGACUGUCUGGAAGGGAGGUGCCAGUAGUGGGAAUCAUCACAAUACCCAUCCAUGUUGGCAAUACCGCUCAAAAAGCUGUGGUAACUUUGGAUUGCUUUGUCAUAGACAUACCAUGCUCUUUUAACGCAAUCUUAGGAAGACCAGGAUUAAAUGCAUUACAAGCAGUAAUCUCCACAAGCCAUAUGAUGAUCAAAUUUCCUACGCCAAAAGGUAUUGGAGUAGCAAGAGGAAGAUUUGCAGAAAAUCAGGAAACUGUCACAGCACAGGUCUCUGAACAAACAGAAAUCCGGAAACUAUGGCCCAAGUCCCGAACUUGGGAUCUAAUUGCAAUAGGUGAUAUCGGGAGAAGAAGAGCAUUGACAGUAGAUACAAUGGAUGCACUAGAAGGAAGCGUAGCUGACAUUCCUGGAAUAGACCUUGAAGUCGCAUGCCAUAGGCUCGAGGACAACUAUGCAUUACCUAACAUAGAUGAAUUAGUGGACAACUCCUCCGGAUAUGAAGUACUCAGUUUUUGUGACGCCUAUUCAGGAUACAACCAAAUCCCACUCGCAGAAGAGGAUCAAGACAAAACAGCUUUCAUCGCGGAAUACGACAUGAAAUUAAACCCUCUAAAAUGUACGUUUGGGGGAAAGGCUGGAAAAUUCUUAGGCUUCAUGCUAACCAGCAGAGCUAUCGAAGCAAAUCUAGAAAAGGUGCAUGCAAUAAUAGAAAUGAAACCCCUAGCUUCAAUAAAAGAAGUGCAGCACAUUAUGGGAAAAAUUGUGGCAUUAGGAAGAUUUUUGUCAAAAUCUGCAGAAAGGUGCUUGCCCAUCUUUAAAAUCCUGCGAGGAAAGAAAAACUUUGAAUGGACGCGAGACUGCUAUAAAGCUUUUGAACAAUUGAAAGCAUACCUGGCAUCUGCACCCUUGAUUAGCAAACCUAGCCCCAGAGAGACAUUAUUCCUGUACAUAGCGGCAACAACAGAAGCAGUUAGUGCAGCUUUAAUCAGGCAAGAACAAAAAAGGCAAAGACCUGUGUACUUCGUAAGCAAAGUAUUGCAAGAACUAGAAAAAAGGUACGCACCUUUAGAGAAACUAGCAUAUGCAGUAAUCAUAGCAGCCAGAAGACUGAGAUAUUACUUUCUGGGGCACAAGAUUACAGUCCUCACCAAUUAUCCAUUGAGACAUGUAUUACACAAACCAGACUUGGCAGGAAGGCUGGUAAAAUGGAGCAUUGAGCUUACAGAAUUUGAUGUGGAAUUCCAUCCACGAAAAGCUACAAAAGCUCAGAUUUUGGCGGACUUCAUAAUAAAACUGAGUAAGGAAGAAAAAGCUGCGCUUGACACACCUUUACCAACACCCCUAGCAAAACGACAAUCAUCAGAAAUAGAAGAAGAGCAAGCAAGGGUAAUUCCACCAGAUCUUUGCUGGGUCCUCCAUGUUGAUGGAUCAUCAAGUGAGAAUGGGAGUGGCGCAGGAAUCAUACUGACAUCACCAAAAGGAGAAACCUUUGAAUACGCAUUGAAGUUUACAUUUGAGGCAUCCAACAAUAGAGCAGAGUACAAGGCUCUGCUAGGAGGACUUUGGUUAGCAAAAGCUGUGAAUGCAGAAUACAUAAAAAUAUUUAGUGAUUCACAGUUAGUAGUAAACCAAGUAAAAGGAGAUUUUAACGCUCAGGAAACAGUAAUGACAAAAUACCUGGAAAAAGCUGCGCAACUCCUUAAACCGUUCAAAGGAUACGAAAUGCACCAUAUAAAAAGAACUGAAAAUUCAAAAGCCGAUGCGUUGGCUAGAUUAGCAAGUUCAGGAGUCACAGAAUCGGGAAAAGAGAUAUACGUUGAGGAACUGAGCUCCCCCUCAAUAUCUGAAGAAGAAAUCCUGGAAAUAGAAGAAGAAGAAGAAGAAACCUGGAUGAAUCCAAUCAAAAGAUACCUCUCUAAUGGAGAUUUACCUGAAGACAAGAAAGAAGCACAGAAAUUGAAAAGAAAAGCAGCGUGGUAUACAAUCCUUGGUGACCAUCUUUAUCGAAGAUCAUACACACAGUCAUGGCUCAGAUGUCUAACACCCAACGAGGCAAGAAUCGUAAUGGAAGAAAUUCACGAAGGAGAAUGUUCCAACCACAUAGGACUAGAAAACGAAGGAAAAACACCAGAGCAAAUUGAGCAGAGAUUUGCUUCAGUAGCUUACCCAGAAUCAAAUGGACAGGCAGAAGCUGCCAACAGAAUCAUAUUAGAUAGCCUGAAAAAGAAGGUAGGAAAGGCAAAGGGCGCAUGGACAGAAGAACUACCGUACACAUUAUGGGCCUACAGAACCAUGUACCACACAUCCACCGAUGAGACCCCAUUCAAUUUAACAUACGGAACAGAAGCAAUGAUUCUAGUAGAAACCAAAAUUUCAACGCAUAGAACCAGCCAUUACAACGAACACAAAAACAGAGAGACUUUAAGAGCCAACCUGGAUUUACUAGAAGAAGUUAGGGACUUAUCGCAAAUACGAAUGGCAAGUUACCAUAGAAAAGCAGAAAAAUAUUACAAAAACCUAUGCAAAGGAGAUUGGGUACUAAGAAAAGCAGAGGUCUCAGAAAGAAAUCCCCGAGAAGGAAAGCUACGCUUAAGCUGGGAAGGACCAUACCUCAUCAAGGAAGAUUUAGGCAACAGAGCCUUCAAGUUGAUAUGCCCCAAUGGAGCAAUAAUCCCACGGACCUGGAAUGCUGCGCACCUUAAGAAAUACUACCAGUAAGCAAAGGAAAGUAAUCUUGUAAAGUACUCCCCAUCAAUAUUGCGACUUUUAUCUAAAUAAAAUGAGAAAUUUAGC